UUAAAAUGGACAAAUUGCCAAUUGGAUAUAUUAAAGGAAAGGGAAAUGUAUUCAUUUAUUCUUACAUCCUUAUAGCCUUUAGAUAAGAAGGUCCCAAGAAAUAAAAAAUAUGAUUAUGUAAAAUAAACUCUCAACACUGGACCAACUAUUAGAGAUAUUGAAGUUAUCAGCAAUGCAACAAUAGCAAAAAAGAGAUCUGAGAUUUUUAAAAGAAUUAAAUGUUCCACAAUAUUCAAACUUAUUAGUGUAAUUAAUACUUAAUUUUUAGGAAGAACCUGCAUAAGAAUCAAUCCAUAAUAUAAUAGAUCAAUAAGAAUAAGAUUAAUUGAAAUAAUUUGAUGCUUAAAGUCAAUAUAGUUAGAAAACAAGAUUCACUGAAGUCUCAUAGGUUUCUGCAAUUACUUAUGCAACUGAAUAACUUGGUCUCACUGAUUAAUCUGAAUUUCUUCUUAUUGAUUUAAGAGAUCAAGAUGAAUUUUAAAUGUAUCACAUUAAAGAAGCCAUCAAUUUCCCUGCUCCAUUACUCCGAUAAGAUAAGCUAACUCAAUAAAUAUAUAGAUUUGUAAGUUUUUUAUGAUAAAACUAUUAAUAGAAAAAUCAAGUAGGCAAACUAAUCAUAAUUUAUCAUUUUGAUGAAAAAAAUGGUAUACCUUCUGCCACACUCUUUGCUGAAAAAGGUUUUGAGAAUGUUUAUCUUCUAAGUGGAGGAAUAGAAAAGUUUCUCUAAAAUUAUCCUGAAGCUGUAAUUGGAACAAAAGUACCUACUUUUCAAAAACCAGAAUGUAUUCAUUUAUUAUAAAAUAUAUGCAGAAAACCCUAAUAAAAUUAUAAAGAGAUCAAAUUAUAAAGAGAGUGAAUCUUAAAUAAAUAAAUCAGUAUAAGCUAUUAGUGACACAAAAUCAUAAAUUAGUUAAAAAUCUAAAAUUACUCGAUAAUCAAGUACUUAAAAAUAGCAAUAAUAAUAAUAGCAUUCAUAAUUCAUAGAUAAAUGA